GUACCUCGUAAUCCUGAUCUGCCAAACGCAGCCCAAGCACAGAAGGAGGAGCAGCUUAAGAUUGAUGAGGCUGAACCUCUUAACGAUGAAGAACUUGAAGAAAAAGAGAAGCUUCUAACCCAGGGAUUCACCAACUGGAAUAAGAGAGACUUUAACCAGUUCAUCAAAGCUAACGAGAAGUGGGGCCGUGAUGACAUUGAAAAUAUAGCACGAGAAGUAGAAGGCAAAACCCCGGAGGAAGUCAUUGAGUAUUCAGCUGUGUUCUGGGAAAGAUGCAACGAACUCCAAGACAUCGAGAAGAUCAUGGCUCAGAUAGAAAGAGGAGAAGCCAGAAUUCAGAGACGGAUCAGCAUAAAAAAAGCACUUGAUACGAAGAUUGGCAGAUACAAAGCCCCUUUCCACCAGCUAAGGAUAUCAUAUGGUACUAAUAAAGGGAAGAAUUACACCGAAGAGGAGGAUCGCUUUCUAAUCUGCAUGCUCCACAAGCUAGGAUUUGAUAAAGAAAACGUCUACGAUGAAUUAAGACAGUGUAUCCGAAACUCUCCGCAAUUCAGAUUCGACUGGUUUCUCAAGUCCAGAACGGCAAUGGAGCUGCAAAGGAGAUGCAAUACUUUAAUCACCCUGAUCGAAAGAGAAAACAUGGAACUGGAAGAAAAGGAAAAGGCAGAAAAGAAGAAACGUGGACCAAAACCAUCUUCGGCACAGAAGCGCAAAAUGGAUGGUACUCCUGAUGGUCGUGGAAGAAAAAAGAAGCUAAAGCUGUGAACACAGAAUUUUUGUAAUCACUAAAUUUAAAAAGUAGUUCUUUAAUUUACGGGUCUUCAUAAGAUGUACUGUAUAAUGCUCAACUAUUAUGUCAUUAAAGGACAUCGGGUUCAUCUGUUUACUGAACUAGAGACAUAGUACUUAAUGUAGUUUCACUUUUUUAAAUGCAACAGCUGAGCUGAAUUUUUUUUACCAUUAACACUUGAAGUAAUAAAUAGGCUUCAUUUAUUAA